CUCCGCCUCUCGCUCCCUCCCUUCUGGCCACCGACAGCCCGCUGCUCCCGCAGAGUUGGCGGCGGCUCCUCGCGCGCGUCCCGGGGAGCGCUUCGGUCUCACCUAGGCACCCUCUCCCGGCCCCGGGCUUCGUCCCCCUGCACUCCGCGAAGAGCCGCGGGCGUCCGGGGAGCGCGGCCACCCCGCGCCCGGGGCCGUCCUCCCCCGAUUCCCCUUGGGAACAUGGCGACCGGCGGCUACCGGACCGGCGGCAGCACCACGGACUUCCUGGAGGAGUGGAAGGCGAAGCGCGAGAAGAUGCGCGCCAAGCAGAACCCCCCGGGCCCCGCCGCCCCGGGCGCGGGCAGCGGCGACGCGGCCGCCAAGAGUCCGGCCGCGCCGCUGGGCACGUCGGCCACCGCCGAGCUCAGCCGCGGCGUCGCGGGCGGCGCGGCCGCACCUGCCGUCCCCGGGCCCGCGCCCGGCCCCGCCGCGCUCACCCGGGCGGCCCUGGGCCCUCGGCGGCCGGAGGAAGAGCCCCCUGCCUCCGCCGUCGCCUCCUCGGGGGCUCCGCCGGCCCGGGCCGACGACGACGAGCCGGACGGCGCCCCGGAGAAGGGCCGGAGCUCGGGCCCCAGUGCCAGGAAAGGCAAAGGGCAGAUCGAGAAGAGGAAGCUGCGGGAGAAGCGGCGCUCCACCGGGGUGGUCAACAUCCCCGCGGCCGAGUGUCUAGAUGAGUAUGAAGAUGACGAAGCGGGUCAGCAGGAGAGGAAACGAGAAGAUGCGAUCACACAGCAGAACACCAUGCAGAACGAAGCUGCCAGCUUACUUGAUCCAGGUGGUUCCUACCUGCCACAGGAAUCAUCUAGAACAAUUACAGGCAAAUACAAGAGUACAACCUCUGCCUCAGAAGACGAUGUCUCAAGUAGAUAUCCCCGGACAGACAGAAGUGGAUUUGGUAGACAUAACAGAGAAACAAAUGUGGCAAGUAAUUUUGUCUCAAGUAGUUCAUUGGAAAAGAAAAUUGAAGAUCUUGAAAAGGAAGUAGUAAGAGAAAGGCAAGAAAACCUCCGACUUGUGAGACUGAUGCAAGAUAAAGAAGAAAUGAUUGGAAAACUCAAAGAAGAAAUCGAUUUGUUAAAUAGAGACCUGGAUGACAUCGAAGAUGAGAAUGAGCAAUUAAAGCAGGAAAAUAAAACUCUAUUGAAAGUUGUUGGACAGCUGACCAGGUAGAAGUUCAAGGCUCCGUGUGGAAGCGUACUUUCAAACUACUGAUUGAAUGUUACAGUUCAUGCUCAGGCGGUAUCCUGUCUGCAAUGCAUUAACCUAAUUGUGUAAUUUAUUUCUAGAAAGUGGAUAUUUGUUUUCGAAAUUACUCUUUUUUUUGUUCCUAGUGUUUAAAAAUGCAUCAACCUUGUAUUUCACAAACAAGUAACAUCUUUUAGUUAUUAAAGUGAUAGGUAAUGCCUUCUUUGUUUUGUAAUAUUCAAAUAAUAUAUGGUUCAAAAUCACAGCCAGUUGAAUAUGUUUAUCUCUGUUAGAACAUUUUCUCUGUAAAGGAACAUACAUAGUCUUUGUUUACAUGAACUUAAAUACUUUGGGGGAUUACCUACCAGUGCUUAUUACUAAUGUGUACAGCCCUUUAUGGGUUGAAGGUUGAAAACUUCCUCAUAGAAACCUUUGUCUACUGUCAUUUUUCAGUUGUUCUAGUGAUCUGAAAUAGUAAUAGACACUAUUUUGUAUGACAGUAAUCUCUUAAAGGAAAGCUAUUUUAAAGAGUUGCUACAUUCUAGUUGGCUAAAUGUAAACUUAAGAAAAUACUUGAACUAUGCUAUAGUAAAUGAAAAUUUACUAUUUGGUGUUUGAAUAUUAAAAAAUUUUUAAUUACUUUAACUUCUGAAAAGCAAUGUAUAGUUUCUUAUGUAGGUACUAUCUUUUUUAUUGUUUCAGGAUAUGUUAGUAAAUAUAGAAUAUUUAAAAAAUUGUUUAUUCUUCAAGCCUCAAAAUGAUGUACAAUUUUAGUGUUGAAGAAAAUCCAACUUUUUAUCACGUGCUUUAAGAUCAGAACCAAAAUAUUUUUCCACACUUAAAACAGUUGUACAGAUAUUAACAUAUGUAAGCAGAAGUCGUGCUGAAAUACUUUGGCUCAUUUAUAAGUUGGAGAAAUAUUGUACUACUCUUUUUCUCAUAUGAGAGAAUAUUCUUAUAUCCCAAAUUUAAGGAACUUUUUUUCCUAACUGAAAAUUUUAAAGUAAUCAUUUUUGAAGCAUUGCAAAAUAAACUUGUCUCUGUUAAA